CGACGAAACGAUACCGACGGACGGGUUCGUCGGAAAUUCGUCGGAAUAGACCGAUUCCGACGAAUUUCCGACGAUUUCGGCCAUCAGAAUCCCCAUGUUUUCUUGUAGUGUCUAAGCUUAUCAUGUGGCCUGCUUUAACCGUCAUUCCUUUCUUGCUUCCUUCUACCAUUAUUCUCCUUUACGGAGAGCUUGCCCAUUUUGGGGCAGGGGUAUUUCUACUCAUACAGCUAAUUAGUGUCAUUAGUUUGAUUUCAUGGCUCAACGAGUACUAUCAGUCCCAAAAAGAUGCAGAAAGAUGCCAUGUCCGUGUGAUGCUACUAGCAACAACUUCAUACACAGUGUGUAUAGUUGGGGUGAUUUUUAUGUACAUAUGGUACGCACCGGAUUCUUCCUGUCUUCCCAAUAUAUUCUUCAUAACUUGGACAUUGUUCCUCAUCCAGCUCAUGACAUGCAUCGCUCUCCAUCCUAAAGUCAAUGCUGGAUACUUGACUCCGGCUCUUAUGGGACUCUAUGUUGUGUUUAUCUGCUGGUGCGCCAUUCAAAGUGAACCAGUGGGAGAAAACUGCAACAGAAAAGCAGCAGCUUCAAACAGAACGGACUGGCUUACAAUCUGACGAGUACAGAAGCUGAGCUGGCACAAGAAGACUCUUUGAAUGAAGCUGAGCUGGCAACUGAAGAAAGAAGAGACUGUUAAGAGAUAUUAUAAAUAGACCUCUUGACCUUUACGGCUAGAUCAUCUUGUAAUUGGGAUCUUUAUGCAAAUCAGAGGAGUGUCUCUGCACUUGAGGCAAGUUCAGAGAGGUUUCUCUCUGGAUUUGAAGGACCUUGGUUGGCGUUAGGGUUCAUAGACUUCUCGUCUUGGUAUUGUUACGGUUCGUACGAUAAGAAAUAAGAUCCUCUUUUCCAUCUUAGAGUCUUAUCACAAUCAUUGUAACUUCUUUCAACCUCCCAACACUUUGUUUCUUUUGUUUCAUCCAAAUUAGUAAUAAGCUGAUUUUUUUGAGUUGUGCAGAGCUUUGUGGUUGCGUUAUUGGCAAUGGCGAUUGCCACAUUUUCGACAGGAAUAGACUCGCAAUGUUUCCGAUUCAAGAAAGAUGUGUGUAGUGAAGGAGAGGAGGAAGAUGGUGUUCCAUAUGGAUAUGGAUUAUUCCAUUUUGUGUUUGCGACAGGAGCAAUGUACUUCGCUAUGCAACUCAUCGGUUGGAACACUCAUCACCCCAUGACAAAGCAGAUUUUUUUCAACAUUCUUAUUCAUACUAGCGUCAGUACAGGCUUGAGACUUCUACGUAUACUAACUUUCUUUUGGUUCAGGUGGAUGACUGACGUGGGAUGGACGAGUACUUGGGUGAGGAUUGUGAACGAGUGGGUUGCGGUUCGCGUAUACAGUUAGUACAAACAACUGAGAGACAAUUAGAAUGAUCAUCCUUAAAACUCCAAGAUUGGGAGACAGUUUUUAAUAUUUUGUUGAUGACAUGUUAUGACAGUAUGGAUGCCAAUCAUGCUGAAGUGCAGAAGACAAAGAGCAAGUGGGACAUGAGCUUUAGGUUAUAUUUUAAAUAAAUACACAAAAAUAUGGAUUGUAAACACAUUUAUGUAUUAUUAAACUAGGUGUUUUCCUCCACCAUGUGCAGUAAUAAAUUUUUUA